AUGACUGUUUUCCACAUGACCGUGUGCCGCGAGGGCGCGAUUGAAGACGGAAGCGGAAGCGUGAAGGGCACCGGCAUCAGCGUUUUUGGACGGGUGCUCCCAAACGACCCAGCUACCGGCAUAUUCCCUCCAGCAGCGAACUACACCAUCGACGGUAUGCAAUAUCCGAGUGCGAAUCUUUCCAGCUCCCAGCAACCUAUUUGCCAAACCAUGUUUACCACGCCGACCCCUUUGUCCGAUGCUGAACACCUUCUGAUCAUUACGGUAACGAACGCGACGAUCCUCAGUCCGUUCUCUCUCUCGCUUUUCGCAAUCAAUGCUACAACAGAGGACAACUCGAAUUUGACAUCAUUUCCCUCUUCAUCGAACCACAGCAUGCCGUACCAGUCGUCGGGAAAGCAUCCCAAGAAUACGGGAGAUAGUGAUAAAAUCGUGAUCAUCGUCGUAGCAGUCCUCGGUUCAAUCGUCGUUCUUCUGAUCACCGCGAUGCUGCUGUUCUUCUACUUUCGCCAGCGCCGAACAAAAAAGACGCACACGUUCAGCGACAAGCUUAGGGAUCGAUGGAUUGCAGAUAGCCCAACGUUUGAUACGAGAGGAGCGCCGACGCUGACCAGGACAGACUCGAUCAUGCACAAUAAUCCGAGCCACUUCAGUUUUCCCUUGCCGUAUAAUCCGAGUUCGGAAACCGCGCACUCUCCUGCGCUGUCUCCCGUUGAGCUCAAGACGCCAAUCAAGAGCGAUGUUUGAAGAGCCCUUGUCUCUGUGGGGUAUGGGGUCCAGUCAUCGCAUGUGGGGUGAUGCAUCCCCUUGUUAUAGUCGUGCGUUCCGCAGAGUAUGGAUGAUUUCAACCCUGGACUAGCCUUGACCUUCCUUGUUAUUUCCAUUUGCCGGGGUCUGGCGAACCUGUUCUGUUUUGGCAUCCUUCUCGCAGGGGUCGGGCGAUCUUUCCUUUGCAUCUGUCAGCGUUUCCGACCCCUGCCCCUUGCAUGUAUAUGUAUACGUCUGGACGGACAUGUUGUUCUGGGUCGUACCACUCCCUGUGUAAUUACAAAGGCAUGCUACAUAUUUAUGCACCGUUUUGACGUUUGGGCCUACCCCGCCUCAGCUGACGAGGCAGAUGGAGGACGGGGCUAGCAAUCG